AUGCCUAGAUAUCCUUCUACCCCUAGGGCUGACAAAGUCAGCCAAAGUGAAAGGGGGGGUCGGCAGGUAUUCUCUUCCAACGGCAACAAAGAGUUAGAUCCUCUCACCGACAGUUACGCGAUUUCACGGGAUAAUACAAUCGGCCGGGCUCCAUCUCCUGGAAUUUCCAAUAUUCUCCAAAGAGACAGGACCAGAAAAGGGAAACAUCAGUCGACUGUACGCAGACAGAUUGGGGAAAGACGGAUAGACGAUAAUUUUGAAGCCAGACCCCGACGUGGGAAAAUUCGAGAAUACAUCUCAGUCGAAGAAUCCGAUGAAGAGAGUAUGUAUGAUGAAAGUAUUCAUUAUACUACAACCAAUGGCUCUGAAAGAUGGCGAGAAGAUGCUACAGAGGAAAAGCCCCGAGCUCUUGUCCUGCAUAAAUCAGAGUCGGCUGAGUCCAAUUUUGAAAAUCCGGCGGAAGAGGCAGAGCUUCUCAGGGAUGAAAUUGCUCAGCUUAGGGCAAAACUCAAAUCGAAAAGUUCCGGUCCAGCUGCCCCUGAUUAUCGGUCUCAAACAUUUCAUUACCUUGACGAUGCUUGCUUUCUUGAUGAACCCCGUUGGGAAACAGGAGAGUAUGCGCCAACUCUACAGGCAAACAGCAAAAUCAGCAACGUUAGCUACUAUCUAGAGCAACAUCCUGAAAUCGCAUUCUUCUUCAUGAAAGAUUACAAAAGCCGAGCACCGGCUGACCGAACAAAGAUCGAAACCCGAGAUGGAGUUUUCCGAACACCAAAACCUUUCGAGGAGAGCCUACAACUUUUAGCUGGGGCAAUGAGAGAUGCUGUCAAUAAGGUUGUCCGAAAGGUUCCUAAUUUCUCGGAGUAUUUUCCUCACUUCGAUGUUAGGAAGCCUAUUGUUGCACCAUAUCUAUUCAUGUUUCAUUCUGCACCUCAUCUUGAUGAUAUACUUGAGAAAAUCGACGGACUAAGCCGAAGGCUGAUACAAAAGCUGUGGAGUCAUAUCAACGAAGGCUACGGUGUCCAAUAUCUGCGCGCACGAGAGAAAACCAAAGAUGGCAAGGUCUCAGCUGAGCUUUUGAAGUAUUUGAUCAAGCCGGGGGACAUUUUGGCACAUCCAGAUGGCCCUAAUACCCGAGCUUACAUGGCCUUGCAGUGGCCUGAAGAGGAUCCACCUCCUGAUGACGGCCAUCCGGAGGAUUACGAAGAAUUCGAUCCGAUUCGAAGAAAGGAGACAUACUCAUUUCGUGAUGAUACAAACAUUAAAACACUUCGUUACUCAUGGAGUAUUCCCGUGGCCUUUUGGGAAUUUGAUGGUGUGUUUCAAAGGUCCGAAAAAGUGCUCAAAAUUACCAUGAAGGUUUCUAUGAGAGACGAAAUCGUGGAAAUCAACAGUCUAAAGUUUUAUCCCUUGCAAUAUGCCCCAAAAACAAUCGAACAAUCUUUAGAGCACCGUGGGAACACUUUCUGGCAAAUACGAUCUCGAAAGUUUGUCAGUUACAGCCAGAAAGAACCUGGAAACUUAACGAAUGUGAGUUUUCAGCCGCAUUACCGCCCCAGUCUACUUCCCACAACUUACCUCCUACUUACUAGGCCGAGGAACGUUUCAUGGUCGAUAUAG